AUGGCAUCUGGCCAAGAGAAGGACAUGGCAAGGGAGGAAGGGCCCACUGCACCUAAUGAGGUGGUGAACAAUGCUGCUGAUAUUGACCUCAAUCAAGAUGAGGCAAUGGCUGACAUUGAGCUGGAUGACAUUGAGAACCUGGACUUGGAGGAUGAGGAUAACUAUGUUGAAGCUGUUGACCAUGGUGAAGCUGAUAACCAUGGUGAAGCUGAUAACAAUGGGGAGGAGGACAACACCGGUGACAAGGAGAACACUGGUGAUGACAAUUACUUCACUGAGGGUGAAGGCAUGAGUUAUCCUGUCUCCGAGGAGAUUGUCCAACUCCAGGCUAAAGUGUCAACUCAGAAUAUCACCAUCCUGCAGCAGCAGAAGUCCAUUGAUGGACUCACAAAGCUGGCUAACAAGCUUAAGGCUGAGUUGGGCGUUGUCACGAAGGAGGCUUGCCAAUUCCGUCGCAGCCUGGGCACUAAGAAGCGCCAAAUUGAGGAGCUUCAGGAUAAUUGCAACAAUAUGCAAGCGUCAAUCAACAAGCUUUAUGAGCAUUUGAGGGAGAUUAGGAGGGAGGGCAUUUACCAGCCUCCUCCUGGGCGUAGGCCCGCUCCUGCUGCUCAGACGACACCCGCUCCGCCCGCACCUCCGGCGGUAGGCGCUGCGACGGCUAUGCACCAGCCACCUCCAACUGAGAACUCACCCUUUGGGUCUCUCUCGGCGCCUCUGCCUGACUUUAUCCAUGGCAAGACGGAGGUGGAGCCUUGGCUUGACCUGGUGGAUACCACCAUGACCCUUGCGAAUGUGCGCCCCGAGGCUCGCGUCCCCGCAGCUACUCGUGCAUUGGAUGAGGUGGCACGCAGGGCGGUGUACGGCGCUAAGAAGCAGGCGCAGGGACCGUUUGCAUGGCCGGAGUUCUGCACCGCGCUGAGAGAGGCGUUCAUGGUCAAGAAGUCCGACCUGGAACUUCGCGGACGCCUCGAGAGUAUUAAGUGUCGUGACCGUUCGGUGCAGGACUAUGCGGUCGAGUUCGAAGCCGCAGCACGCUUGCUCCAGAAACCCUUGUCCGAUGAGGAGAUGAUGCACAUCUUCAUGAAAGGCCUUCCUGUCAAGCUGCAGCAGGCACACGUGACAGGUGGCAUGACCAAUUUGCGCCAGAGCAGCGCCGUAGAGGUGGGAGUUGGUGAGGUGGGAGUUGGUGAGGUGGGAGUUGGUGAGGUGGGAGUUGGUGAGGUGGGAGUUGGUAAGGUGGGAGUUGGUAAGGUGGGAGUUGGUGAGAUGGGAGCUGGUAAGGUGGGAGUUGGUAAGGUGGGAAUUGGUAAGGUGGGAGUUGGUAAGGUGGGAGUUGGUAAGGUGGGAGUUGGUAAGGUGGGAGUUGGUAAGGUGGGAGUUGGUAAGGUGGGAGUUGGUGAGGUGGGAGUUGGUGAGGUGGGAGUUGGUGAGGUGGGAGUUGGUGAGGUGGGAGUUGGUGAGGUGGGAGUUGGUAAGGUGGGAGUUGGUAAGGUGGGAGUUGGUAAGGUGGGAGUUGGUGAGGUGGGAGUUGGUGAGGUGGGAGUUGGUGAGGUGGGAGUUGGUAAGGUGGGAGUUGGUAAGAUGGGAGUUGGUAAGGUGAGAGUUGGUAAGGUGGGAGUUGGUAAGGUGGGAGUUGGUGAGGUGGGAGUUGGUAAGGUGGGAGUUGGUGAGGUGGGAGUUGGUGAGGUGGGAGUUGGUGAGGUGGGAGUUGGUAAGGUGGGAGUUGGUAAGGUGGGAGUUGGUAAGGUGGGAGUUGGUAAGGUGGGAGUUGGUAAGGUGGGAGUUGGUGAGGUGGGAGUUGGUAAGGUGGGAGUUGGUAAGGUGGGAGUUGGUGAGAUGGGAGCUGGUAAGGUGGGAGUUGGUAAGGUGGGAAUUGUUGGUAAGGUGGGAGUUGGUAAGGUGGGAGUUGGUGAGGUGGGAGUUGGUGAGGUGGGAGUUGGUGAGGUGGGAGUUGGUGAGGUGGGAGUUGGUAAGGUGGGAGUUGGUAAGGUGGGAGUUGGUAAGGUGAGAGUUGGUAAGGUGGGAGUUGGUAAGGUGGGAGUUGGUGAGGUGGGAGUUGGUAAGGUGGGAGUUGGUAAGGUGGGAGUUGGUAAGGUGGGAGUUGGUGAGGUGGGAGUUGGUGAGGUGGGAGUUGGUGAGGUGGGAGUUGGUGAGGUGGGAGUUGGUAAGGUGGGAGUUGGUAAGGUGGGAGUUGGUAAGGUGAGAGUUGGUAAGGUGGGAGUUGGUAAGGUGGGAGUUGGUGAGGUGGGAGUUGGUAAGGUGGGAGUUGGUGAGGUGGGAGUUGGUGAGGUGGGAGUUGGUGAGGUGGGAGUUGGUAAGGUGGGAGUUGGUAAGGUGGGAGUUGGUGAGGUGGGAGUUGGUGAGGUGGGAGUUGGUGAGGUGGGAGUUGGUGAGGUGGGAGUUGGUAAGGUGGGAGUUGGUAAGGUGGGAGUUGGUAAGGUGAGAGUUGGUAAGGUGGGAGUUGGUAAGGUGGGAGUUGGUGAGGUGGGAGUUGGUAAGGUGGGAGUUGGUGAGGUGGGAGUUGGUGAGGUGGGAGUUGGUGAGGUGGGAGAUGGUAAGGUGGGAGUUGGUAAGGUGGGAGUUGGUAAGGUGGGAGUUGGUAAGGUGGGAGUUGGUAAGGUGGGAGUUGGUGAGGUGGGAGUUGGUAAGGUGGGAGUUGGUGAGGUGGGAGUUGGUGAGGUGGGAGUUGGUGAGGUGGGAGUUGGUAAGGUGGGAGUUGGUAAGGUGGGAGUUGGUAAGGUGAGAGUUGGUAAGGUGGGAGUUGGUAAGGUGGGAGUUGGUAAGGUGGGAGUUGGUAAGGUGGGAGUUGGUGAGGUGGGAGUUGGUGAGGUGGGAGUUGGUGAGGUGGGAGUUGGUGAGGUGGGAGUUGGUAAGGUGGGAGUUGGUAAGAUGGGAGUUGGUAAGGUGAGAGUUGGUAAGGUGGGAGUUGGUAAGGUGGGAGUUGGUGAGGUGGGAGUUGGUAAGGUGGGAGUUGGUGAGGUAGGAGUUGGUGAGGUGGGAGUUGGUGAGGUGGGAGUUGGUAAGGUGGGAGUUGGUAAGGUGGGAGUUGGUAAGGUGGGAGUUGGUAAGGUGGGAGUUGGUAAGGUGGGAGUUGGUGAGGUGGGAGUUGGUAAGGUGGGAGUUGGUAAGGUGGGAGUUGGUGAGAUGGGAGCUGGUAAGGUAGGAGUUGGUAAGGUGGGAAUUGUUGGUAAGGUGGGAGUUGGUAAGGUGGGAGUUGGUGAGGUGGGAGUUGGUGAGGUGGGAGUUGGUGAGGUGGGAGUUGGUGAGGUGGGAGUUGGUAAGGUGGGAGUUGGUAAGGUGGGAGUUGGUAAGGUGAGAGUUUGUAAGGUGGGAGUUGGUAAGGUGGGAGUUGGUGAGGUGGGAGUUGGUAAGGUGGGAGUUGGUAAGGUGGGAGUUGGUGAGGUGGGAGUUGGUGAGGUGGGAGUUGGUGAGGUGGGAGUUGGUGAGGUGGGAGUUGGUAAGGUGGGAGUUGGUAAGGUGGGAGUUGGUAAGGUGAGAGUUGGUAAGGUGGGAGUUGGUAAGGUGGGAGUUGGUGAGGUGGGAGUUGGUAAGGUGGGAGUUGGUGAGGUGGGAGUUGGUGAGGUGGGAGUUGGUGAGGUGGGAGUUGGUGAGGUGGGAGUUGGUAAGGUGGGAGUUGGUAAGGUGGGAGUUGGUAAGGUGGGAGUUGGUAAGGUGGGAGUUGGUGAGGUGGGAGUUGGUGAGGUGGGAGUUGGUAAGGUGGGAGUUGGUGAGAUGGGAGCUGGUAAGGUGGGAGUUGGUAAGGUGGGAAUUGGUAAGGUGGGAGUUGGUAAGGUGGGAGUUGGUAAGGUGGGAGUUGGUAAGGUGGGAGUUGGUAAGGUGGGAGUUGGUAAGGUGGGAGUUGGUGAGGUGGGAGUUGGUGAGGUGGGAGUUGGUGAGGUGGGAGCUGGUAAGGUGGGAGUUGGUAAGGUGAGAGUUGGUAAGGUGGGAGUUGGUAAGGUGGGAGUUGGUGAGGUGGGAGUUGGUAAGGUGGGAGUUGGUGAGGUGGGAGUUGGUGAGGUGGGAGUUGGUGAGGUGGGAGUUGGUAAGGUGGGAGUUGGUAAGAUGGGAGUUGGUAAGGUGAGAGUUGGUAAGGUGGGAGUUGGUAAGGUGGGAGUUGGUGAGGUGGGAGUUGGUAAGGUGGGAGUUGGUGAGGUAGGAGUUGGUGAGGUGGGAGUUGGUGAGGUGGGAGUUGGUAAGGUGGGAGUUGGUAAGGUGGGAGUUGGUAAGGUGGGAGUUGGUAAGGUGGGAGUUGGUAAGGUGGGAGUUGGUAAGGUGGGAGUUGGUAAGGUGGGAGUUGGUAAGGUGGGAGUUGGUAAGGUGGGAGUUGGUGAGGUGGGAGUUGGUGAGGUGGGAGUUGGUGAGGUGGGAGUUGGUAAGGUGGGAUUUGGUAAGGUGAGAGUUGGUAAGGUGGGAGUUGGUAAGGUGGGAGUUGGUGAGGUGGGAGUUGGUAAGGUGGGAGUUGGUGAGGUGGGAGUUGGUGAGGUGGGAGUUGGUGAGGUGGGAGUUGGUAAGGUGGGAGUUGGUAAGAUGGGAGUUGGUAAGGUGAGAGUUGGUAAGGUGGGAGUUGGUAAGGUGGGAGUUGGUGAGGUGGGAGUUGGUAAGGUGGGAGUUGGUGAGGUAGGAGUUGGUGAGGUGGGAGUUGGUGAGGUGGGAGUUGGUAAGGUGGGAGUUGGUAAGGUGGGAGUUGGUAAGGUGGGAGUUGGUAAGGUGGGAGUUGGUAAGGUGGGAGUUGGUGAGGUGGGAGUUGGUAAGGUGGGAGUUGGUAAGGUGGGAGUUGGUGAGAUGGGAGCUGGUAAGGUGGGAGUUGGUAAGGUGGGAAUUGUUGGUAAGGUGGGAGUUGGUAAGGUGGGAGUUGGUGAGGUGGGAGUUGGUGAGGUGGGAGUUGGUGAGGUGGGAGUUGGUGAGGUGGGAGUUGGUAAGGUGGGAGUUGGUAAGGUGGGAGUUGGUAAGGUGAGAGUUUGUAAGGUGGGAGUUGGUAAGGUGGGAGUUGGUGAGGUGGGAGUUGGUAAGGUGGGAGUUGGUAAGGUGGGAGUUGGUAAGGUGGGAGUUGGUGAGGUGGGAGUUGGUGAGGUGGGGGUUGGUGAGGUGGGAGUUGGUGAGGUGGGAGUUGGUAAGGUGGGAGUUGGUAAGGUGGGAGUUGGUAAGGUGAGAGUUGGUAAGGUGGGAGUUGGUAAGGUGGGAGUUGGUGAGGUGGGAGUUGGUAAGGUGGGAGUUGGUGAGGUGGGAGUUGGUGAGGUGGGAGUUAGUGAGGUGGGAGUUGGUAAGGUGGGAGUUGGUAAGGUGGGAGUUGGUAAGGUGGGAGUUGGUGAGGUGGGAGUUGGUAAGGUGGGAGUUGGUAAGGUGGGAGUUGGUGAGAUGGGAGCUGGUAAGGUGGGAGUUGGUAAGGUGGGAAUUGGUAAGGUGGGAGUUGGUAAGGUGGGAGUUGGUAAGGUGGGAGUUGGUAAGGUGGGAGUUGGUAAGGUGGGAGUUGGUAAGGUGGGAGUUGGUAAGGUGGGAGUUGGUAAGGUGGGAGUUGGUGAGGUGGGAGUUGGUGAGGUGGGAGUUGGUGAGGUGGGAGUUGGUAAGGUGGGAGUUGGUAAGGUGAGAGUUGGUAAGGUGGGAGUUGGUAAGGUGGGAGUUGGUGAGGUGGGAGUUGGUAAGGUGGGAGUUGGUAAGGUGGGAGUUGGUAAGGUGGGAGUUGGUGAGAUGGGAGCUGGUCAGGUGGGAGUUGGUAAGGUGGGAGUUGGUAAGGUGGGAAUUGGUAAGGUGGGAGUUGGUAAGGUGGGAGUUGGUAAGGUGGGAGUUGGUAAGGUGGGAGUUGGUAAGGUGGGAGUUGGGGAGGUGGGAGUUGGUGAGGUGGGAGUUGGUGAGGUGGGAGUUGGUGAGGUGGGAGUUGGUAAGGUGGGAGCUGGUAAGGUGGGAAUCGGUAAGGUGGGAGUUGGUAAGGUGGGAGUUGGUAAGGUGGGAGUUGUCGGUAAGGUGGGAGUUGGUAAGGUGGGAGUUGGUAAGGUGGGAGUUGGUAAGGUGGGAGUUGGUAAGGUGGGAGUUGGUGAGGUGGGAGUUGGUAAGGUGGGAGUUGGUAAGGUGGGAGUUGGUGAGAUGGGAGCUGGUAAGGUGGGAGUUGGUAAGGUGGGAAUUGGAAAGGUGGGAGUUGGUAAGGUGGGAGUUGGUAAGGUGGGAGUUGGUAAGGUGGGAGUUGGUAAGGUGGGAGUUGGUAAGGUGGGAGUUGGUGAGGUGGGAGUUGGUGAGGUGGGAGUUGGUGAGGUGGGAGUUGGUGAGGUGGGAGUUGGUGAGGUGGGAGUUGGUAAGGUGGGAGUUGGUAAGGUGGGAGUUGGUGAGGUGGGAGUUGGUGAGGUGGGAGUUGGUGAGGUGGGAGUUGGUGAGGUGGGAGUUGGUAAGGUGGGAGUUGUUAAGGUGGGAGUUGGUAAGGUGAGAGUUGGUAAGGUGGGAGUUGGUAAGGUGGGAGUUGGUGAGGUGGGAGUUGGUAAGGUGGGAGUUGGUGAGGUGGGAGUUGGUGAGGUGGGAGUUGGUGAGGUGGGAGAUGGUAAGGUGGGAGUUGGUAAGGUGGGAGUUGGUAAGGUGGGAGUUGGUAAGGUGGGAGUUGGUAAGGUGGGAGUUGGUGAGGUGGGAGUUGGUAAGGUGGGAGUUGGUAAGGUGGGAGUUGGUGAGAUGGGAGCUGGUAAGGUGGGAGUUGGUAAGGUGGGAGCUGGUAAGGUGGGAGUUGGUAAGGUGGGAAUUGGUAAGGUGGGAGUUGGUAAGGUGGGAGUUGGUGAGGUGGGAGUUGGUAAGGUGGGAGUUGGUAAGGUGGGAGUUGGUGAGGUGGGAGUUGGUGAGGUGGGAGUUGGUGAGGUAGGAGUUGGUGAGGUGGGAGUUGGGGAGGUGGGAGUUGGUGAGGUGGGGGUUGGUAAGGUGGGAGUUGGUGAGGUGGGAGUUGGUAAGGUGGGAGUUGGUAAGGUGGGAGUUGGUAAGGUGGGAGUUGGUAAGGUGGGAGUUGGUAAGGUGGGAGUUGGUAAGGUGGGAUUUGGUGAGGUGAGAGUUGGUGAGGUGGGAGUUGGUAAGGUGGGAGUUGGUAAGGUGGGAGUUGGUGAGGUGGGAGUUGGUGAGGUGGGAGUUGAUAAGGUGGGAGUUGGUAAGGUGGGAGUUGGAGAGGUGGGAGUUGGUGAGGUGGGAGUUGGUAAGUUGGGAGUUGGUAAGGUGGGAGUUGGUAAGGUGGGAGUUGGUGAGGUGGGAGUUGGUGAGGUGGGAGUUGGUGAGGUGGGAGUUGGUGAGGUGGGAGUUGGUAAGGUGGGAGUUGGAAAGGUGGGAGUUGGUGAGGUGGGAGUUGGUAAGGUGGGAGUUGGUGAGGUGGGAGUUGGUGAGGUGGGAGUUGGUGAGGUGGGAGUUGGUGAGGUGGGAGUUGGUAAGGUGGGAGUUGGUAAGGUGGGAGUUGGUAAGGUGAGAGUUGGUAAGGUGGGAGUUGGUAAGGUGGGAGUUGGUAAGGUGGGAGUUGGUGAGAUGGGAGCUGGUCAGGUGGGAGUUGGUAAGGUGGGAGUUGGUAAGGUGGGAGUUGGGGAGGUGGGAGUUGGGGAGGUGGGAGUUGGGGAGGUGGGAGUUGGUAAGGUGGGAGUUGGUAAGGUGGGAGUUGGUAAGGUGGGAGUUGGUGAGGUGGGAGUUGGUGAGGUGGGAGUUGGUGAGGUGGGAGUUGGUGAGGUGGGAGUUGGUAAGGUGGGAGUUGGUAAGGUGGGAGUUGGUAAGGUGAGAGUUGGUAAGGUGGGAGUUGGUAAGGUGGGAGUUGGUGAGGUGGGAGUUGGUAAGGUGGGAGUUGGUGAGGUUGGAGUUGGUGAGGUGGGAGUUGGUGAGGUGGGAGUUGGUAAGGUGGGAGUUGGUAAGGUGGGAGUUGGUAAGGUGGGAGUUGGUAAGGUGGGAGUUGGUGAGGUGGGAGUUGGUGAGGUGGGAGUUGGUAAGGUGGGAGUUGGUAAGGUGGGAGUUGGUGAGAUGGGAGCUGGUAAGGUGGGAGUUGGUAAGGUGGGAAUUGGUAAGGUGGGAGUUGGUAAGGUGGGAGUUGGUGAGGUGGGAGUUGGUAAGGUGGGAGUUGUUGGUAAGGUGGGAGUUGGUAAGGUGGGAGUUGGUAAGGUGAGAGUUGGUAAGGUGGGAGUUGGUAAGGUGGGAGUUGGUGAGGUGGGAGUUGGUAAGGUGGGAGUUGGUAAGGUGGGAGUUGGUAAGAUGGGAGUUGGUCAGGUGGGAGUUGGUGAGAUGGGAGCUGGUAAGGUGGGAGUUGGUAAGGUGGGAAUUGGUAAGCUGGGAGUUGGUAAGGUGGGAGUUGGUAAGGUGGGAGUUGGUAAGGUGGGAGUUGGUGAGGUGGGAGUUGGUAAGGUGGGAGUUGGUAAGGUGGGAGUUGGUGAGGUGGGAGUUGGUAAGGUGGGAGUUGGUAAGGUGGGAGUUGGUGAGGUGGGAGUUAGUGAGGUGGGAGUUGGUGAGGUGGGAGUUGGUGAGGUGGGAGUUGGUAAGGUGGGAGUUGGUAAGGUGGGAGUUGGUAAGGUGAGAGUUGGUAAGGUGGGAGUUGGUAAGGUGGGAGUUGGUGAGGUGGGAGUUGGUAAGGUGGGAGUUGGUAAGGUGGGAGUUGGUAAGGUGGGAGUUGGUAAGGUGGGAGUUGGUAAGGUGGGAGUUGGUGAGGAGGGAGUUGGUGAGGUGGGAGUUGGUGAGGUGGGAGUUGGUGAGGUGGGAGUUGGUAAGGUGGGAGUUGGUAAGGUGGGAGUUGGUAAGGUGAGAGUUGGUAAGGUGGGAGUUGGUAAGGUGGGAGUUGGUGAGGUGGGAGUUGGUAAGGUGGGAGUUGGUAAGGUGGGAGUUGGUAAGAUGGGAGUUGGUCAGGUGGGAGUUGGUGAGAUGGGAGCUGGUAAGGUGGGAGUUGGUAAGGUGGGAAUUGGUAAGCUGGGAGUUGGUAAGGUGGGAGUUGGUAAGGUGGGAGUUGGUAAGGUGGGAGUUGGUAAGGUGGGAGUUGGUAAGGUUGGAGUUGGUGAGGUGGGAGUUGGUGAGGUGGGAGUUGGUGAGGUGGGAGUUGGUGAGGUGGGAGUUGGUAAGGUGGGAGUUGGUAAGGUGGGAAUUGGUAAGGUGAGAGUUGGUAAGGUGGGAGUUGGUAAGGUGGGAGUUGGUGAGGUGGGAGUUGGUAAGGUGGGAGUUGGUAAGGUGGGAGUUGGUAAGAUGGGAGUUGGUCAGGUGGGAGUUGGUGAGAUGGGAGCUGGUAAGGUGGGAGUUGGUAAGGUGGGAAUUGGUAAGCUGGGAGUUGGUAAGGUGGGAGUUGGUAAGGUGGGAGUUGGUAAGGUGGGAGUUGGUGAGGUGGGAGUUGGUAAGGUGGGAGUUGGUAAGGUGGGAGUUGGUGAGGUGGGAGUUGGUGAGGUGGGAGUUGGUGAGGUGGGAGUUGGUAAGGUGGGAGUUGGUAAGGUGGGAGUUGGUAAGGUGGGAGUUGUAGAGGUGGGAGUUGGUGAGAUGGGAGUUGGUGAGGUGGGAGUUGGUGAGGUGGGAGUUGGUAAGGUGGGAGUUGGUAGGGUGGGAGUUGGUAGGGUGGGAGUUGGUGAGGUGGGAGUUGGUGAGGUGGGAGUUGGUAAGGUGGGAGUUGGCGAGGUGGGAGUUGGCGAGGUGGGAGUUGGUGAGGUGGGAGUUGGUGAGGUGGGAGUUGGUGAGGUGGGAGUUGGUGAGGUGGGAGUUGGUAAGGUGGGAGUUGGUGAGGUGGGAGUUGGUGAGGUGGGAGUUGGUAAGGUGGGAGUUGGUAAGGUGGGAAUUGGUAAGGUGGGAGUUGGUAAGGUGGGAGUUGGAGAGGUGGGAGUUGGUGAGGUGGGAGUUGGUAGGGUGGGAGUUGGUAGGGUGGGAGUUGGUGAGGUGGGAGUUGGGGAGGUGGGAGUUGGCGAGGUGGGAGUUGGCGAGGUGGGAGUUGGCGAGGUGGGAGUUGGUGAGGUGGGAGUUGGUGAGGUGGGAGUUGGUGAGGUGGGAGUUGGUGAGGUGGGAGUUGGUAAGGUGGGAGUUGGUAAGGUGGGAGUUGGUAAGGUGGGAGUUGGUAAGGUGGGAGUUGGUAAGGUGGGAGUUGGUAAGGUGGGAGUUGGUAAGGUGGGUAUUGGUAAGGUGGGAGUUGGUGAGGUGGGAGUUGGUGAGGUGGGAGUUGGUAAGGUGGGAGUUGGUAAGGUGGGAGUUGGUGAGGUGGGAGUUUUUAAGGUGGGAGUUGGUAAGGUGGGAGUUGGUAAGGUGGGAGUUGGUGAGGUGGGAGUUGGUGAGGUGGGAGUUGGUAAGGUGGGAGUUGGUAAGGUGGGAGUUGGUGAGGUGGGAGUUGGUGAGGUGGGAGUUGGUGAGGUGGGAGUAGGUGAGGUGGGAGUUGGUAAGGUGGGAGUUGGUGAGGUGGGAGUUGGUGAGGUGGGAGUUGGUGAGGUGGGAGUUGGGGAGGUGGGAGUUGGUGAGGUGGGGGUUGGUAAGGUGGGAGUUGGUGAGGUGGGAGUUGGUAAGGUGGGAGUUGGUAAGGUGGGAGUUGGUAAGGUGGGAGUUGGUAAGGUGGGAGUUGGUAAGGUGGGAGUUGGUAAGGUGGGAGUUGGUGAGGUGAGAGUUGGUGAGGUGGGAGUUGGUAAGGUGGGAGUUGGUAAGGUGGGAGUUGGUGAGGUGGGAGUUGGUGAGGUGGGAGUUGAUAAGGUGGGAGUUGGUAAGGUGGGAGUUGGUAAGGUGGGAGUUGGUAAGGUGGGAGUUGGUAAGGUGGGAGUUGGUAAGGUGGGAGUUGGUGAGGAGGGAGUUGGUGAGGUGGGAGUUGGUGAGGUGGGAGUUGGUGAGGUGGGAGUUGGUAAGGUGGGAGUUGGUAAGGUGGGAGUUGGUAAGGUGAGAGUUGGUAAGGUGGGAGUUGGUAAGGUGGGAGUUGGUGAGGUGGGAGUUGGUAAGGUGGGAGUUGGUAAGGUGGGAGUUGGUAAGAUGGGAGUUGGUCAGGUGGGAGUUGGUGAGAUGGGAGCUGGUAAGGUGGGAGUUGGUAAGGUGGGAAUUGGUAAGCUGGGAGUUGGUAAGGUGGGAGUUGGUAAGGUGGGAGUUGGUAAGGUGGGAGUUGGUAAGGUGGGAGUUGGUAAGGUUGGAGUUGGUGAGGUGGGAGUUGGUGAGGUGGGAGUUGGUAAGGUGGGAGUUGGUGAGGUGGGAGUUGGUAAGGUGGGAGUUGGUAAGGUGGGAGUUGGUAAGAUGGGAGUUGGUCAGGUGGGAGUUGGUGAGAUGGGAGCUGGUAAGGUGGGAGUUGGUAAGGUGGGAAUUGGUAAGCUGGGAGUUGGUAAGGUGGGAGUUGGUAAGGUGGGAGUUGGUAAGGUGGGAGUUGGUGAGGUGGGAGUUGGUAAGGUGGGAGUUGGUAAGGUGGGAGUUGGUGAGGUGGGAGUUGGUGAGGUGGGAGUUGGUGAGGUGGGAGUUGGUAAGGUGGGAGUUGGUAAGGUGGGAGUUGGUAAGGUGGGAGUUGUAGAGGUGGGAGUUGGUGAGAUGGGAGUUGGUGAGGUGGGAGUUGGUGAGGUGGGAGUUGGUAAGGUGGGAGUUGGUAGGGUGGGAGUUGGUAGGGUGGGAGUUGGUGAGGUGGGAGUUGGUGAGGUGGGAGUUGGUAAGGUGGGAGUUGGCGAGGUGGGAGUUGGCGAGGUGGGAGUUGGUGAGGUGGGAGUUGGUGAGGUGGGAGUUGGUGAGGUGGGAGUUGGUGAGGUGGGAGUUGGUAAGGUGGGAGUUGGUGAGGUGGGAGUUGGUGAGGUGGGAGUUGGUAAGGUGGGAGUUGGUAAGGUGGGAAUUGGUAAGGUGGGAGUUGGUAAGGUGGGAGUUGGAGAGGUGGGAGUUGGUGAGGUGGGAGUUGGUAGGGUGGGAGUUGGUAGGGUGGGAGUUGGUGAGGUGGGAGUUGGGGAGGUGGGAGUUGGCGAGGUGGGAGUUGGCGAGGUGGGAGUUGGCGAGGUGGGAGUUGGUGAGGUGGGAGUUGGUGAGGUGGGAGUUGGUGAGGUGGGAGUUGGUGAGGUGGGAGUUGGUAAGGUGGGAGUUGGUAAGGUGGGAGUUGGUAAGGUGGGAGUUGGUAAGGUGGGAGUUGGUAAGGUGGGAGUUGGUAAGGUGGGAGUUGGUAAGGUGGGUAUUGGUAAGGUGGGAGUUGGUGAGGUGGGAGUUGGUGAGGUGGGAGUUGGUAAGGUGGGAGUUGGUAAGGUGGGAGUUGGUGAGGUGGGAGUUUUUAAGGUGGGAGUUGGUAAGGUGGGAGUUGGUAAGGUGGGAGUUGGUGAGGUGGGAGUUGGUGAGGUGGGAGUUGGUAAGGUGGGAGUUGGUAAGGUGGGAGUUGGUGAGGUGGGAGUUGGUGAGGUGGGAGUUGGUGAGGUGGGAGUAGGUGAGGUGGGAGUUGGUAAGGUGGGAGUUGGUGAGGUGGGAGUUGGUGAGGUGGGAGUUGGUGAGGUGGGAGUUGGGGAGGUGGGAGUUGGUGAGGUGGGGGUUGGUAAGGUGGGAGUUGGUGAGGUGGGAGUUGGUAAGGUGGGAGUUGGUAAGGUGGGAGUUGGUAAGGUGGGAGUUGGUAAGGUGGGAGUUGGUAAGGUGGGAGUUGGUGAGGUGAGAGUUGGUGAGGUGGGAGUUGGUAAGGUGGGAGUUGGUAAGGUGGGAGUUGGUGAGGUGGGAGUUGGUGAGGUGGGAGUUGAUAAGGUGGGAGUUGGUAAGGUGGGAGUUGGAGAGGUGGGAUUUGGUGAGGUGGGAGUUGGUAAGUUGGGAGUUGGUAAGGUGGGAGUUGGUAAGGUGGGAGUUGGUGAGGUGGGAGUUGGUGAGGUGGGAGUUGGUGAGGUGGGAGUUGGUGAGGUGGGAGUUGGUAAGGUGGGAGUUGGAAAGGUGGGAGUUUGUGAGGUGGGAGUUGGUAAGGUGGGAGUUGGUAGGGUGGGAGUUUCUGAGGUGGGAGUUGGUGAGGUGGGAGUUGGUAAGGUGGGAGUUGGUAAGGUGGGAAUUGGUAAGGUGGGAGUUGGUAAGGUGGGAGUUGGUAAGGUGGGAGUUGGUAAGGUAGGAGUUGGUAAGGUGGGAGUUGGUAAGGUGGGAGUUGGUAAGGUGGGAGUUGGUAAGGUGGGAAUUGGUAAGGUGAGAGUUGGUAAGGUGGGAGUUGGUAAGGUGGGAGUUGGAGAGGUGGGAGUUGGUGAGGUGGGAGUUGGUAGGGUGGGAGUUGGUAGGGUGGGAGUUGGUGAGGUGGGAGUUGGGGAGGUGGGAGUUGGCGAGGUGGGAGUUGGCGAGGUGGGAGUUGGCGAGGUGGGAGUUGGUGAGGUGGGAGUUGGUGAGGUGGGAGUUGGUGAGGUGGGAGUUGGUGAGGUGGGAGUUGGUAAGGUGGGAGUUGGUAAGGUGGGAGUUGGUAAGGUGGGAGUUGGUAAGGUGGGAGUUGGUAAGGUGGGAGUUGGUGAGGUGGGAGUUGGUGAGGUGGGAGUUGGUGAGGUGGGAGUUGGUGAGGUGGGAGUUGGUGAGGUGGGAGUUGGUGAGGUUGGAAUUGGUAAGGUGGGAAUUGGUAAGGUGGGAAUUGGUAAGGUGGUAGUUGGUAAGGUGGGAGUUGGUAAGGUGGGAGUUGGUAAGGUGGGAGUUGGUGAGGUGGGAGUUGGUGAGGUGGGAGUUGGUGAGGUGGGAGUUGGUGAGGUGGGAGUUGGUGAGGUGGGAGUUGGUGAGGUUGGAAUUGGUGAGGUUGGAAUUGGUAAGGUGGGAAUUGGUAAGGUGGGAGUUGGUAAGGUGGGAGUUGGUAAGGUGGGAGUUGGUAAGGUGGGAGUUGGUAAGGUGGGAGUUGGUAAGGUGGGAGUUGGUAAGGUGGGAGUUGGUAAGGUGGGUAUUGGUAAGGUGGGAGUUGGUAAGGUGGGAGUUGGUGAGGUGGGAGUUGGUGAGGUGGGAGUUGGUAAGGUGGGAGUUGGUAAGGUGGGAGUUGGUGAGGUGGGAGUUUUUAAGGUGGGAGUUGGUAAGGUGGGAGUUGGUAAGGUGGGAGUUGGUGAGGUGGGAGUUGGUGAGGUGGGAGUUGGUAAGGUGGGAGUUGGUAAGGUGGGAGUUGGUGAGGUGGGAGUUGGUGAGGUGGGAGUUGGUGAGGUGGGAGUAGGUGAGGUGGGAGUUGGUAAGGUGGGAGUUGGUGAGGUGGGAGUUGGUGAGGUGGGAGUUGGUGAGGUGGGAGUUGGUAAGGUGGGAGUUGGUGAGGUGGGAGUUGGUGAGGUGGGAGUUGGUAAGGUGGGAGUUGGUAAGGUGGGAAUUGGUAAGGUGGGAGUUGGUAAGGUGGGAGUUGGAGAGCUGGGAGUUGGUGAGGUGGGAGUUGGUAGGGUGGGAGUUGGUAGGGUGGGAGUUGGUGAGGUGGGAGUUGGGGAGGUGGGAGUUGGCGAGGUGGGAGUCGGCGAGGUGGGAGUUGGCGAGGUGGGAGUUGGUGAGGUGGGAGUUGGUGAGGUGGGAGUUGGUGAGGUGGGAGUUGGUGAGGUGGGAGUUGGUAAGGUGGGAGUUGGUAAGGUGGGAGUUGGUAAGGUGGGAGUUGGUAAGGUGGGAGUUGGUAAGGUGGGAGUUGGUGAGGUGGGAGUUGGUGAGGUGGGAGUUGUUGAGGUGGGAGUUGGUGAGGUGGGAGUUGGUAAGGUGGGAGUUGGUAAGGUGGGAGUUGGUAAGGUGGGAGUUGGUAAGGUGGGAGCUGGUGAGGUGGGAGCUGGUAAGGUGGGAGUUGGUAAGGUGGGUAUUGGUAAGGUGGGAGUUGGUGAGGUGGGAGUUGGUGAGGUGGGAGUUGGUAAGGUGGGAGUUGGUAAGGUGGGAGUUGGUGAGGUGGGAGUUUUUAAGGUGGGAGUUGGUAAGGUGGGAGUUGGUAAGGUGGGAGUUGGUGAGGUGGGAGUUUUUAAGGUGGGAGUUGGUAAGGUGGGAGUUGGUAAGGUGGGAGUUGGUGAGGUGGGAGUUGGUGAGGUGGGAGUUGGUAAGGUGGGAGUUGGUAAGGUGGGAGUUGGUGAGGUGGGAGUUGGUGAGGUGGGAGUUGGUGAGGUGGGAGUAGGUGAGGUGGGAGUUGGUAAGGUGGGAGUUGGUGAGGUGGGAGUUGGUGAGGUGGGAGUUGGUGAGGUGGGAGUUGGUAAGGUGGGAGUUGGUGAGGUGGGAGUUGGUGAGGUGGGAGUUGGUAAGGUGGGAGUUGGUAAGGUGGGAAUUGGUAAGGUGGGAGUUGGUAAGGUGGGAGUUGGAGAGGUGGGAGUUGGUGAGGUGGGAGUUGGUAGGGUGGGAGUUGGUAGGGUGGGAGUUGGUGAGUUGGGAGUUGGGGAGGUGGGAGUUGGCGAGGUGGGAGUCGGCGAGGUGGGAGUUGGCGAGGUGGGAGUUGGUGAGGUGGGAGUUGGUGAGGUGGGAGUUGGUGAGGUGGGAGUUGGUGAGGUGGGAGUUGGUAAGGUGGGAGUUGGUAAGGUGGGAGUUGGUAAGGUGGGAGUUGGUAAGGUGGGAGUUGGUAAGGUGGGAGUUGGUGAGGUGGGAGUUGGUGAGGUGGGAGUUGUUGAGGUGGGAGUUGGUGAGGUGGGAGUUGGUGAGGUGGGAGUUGGUGAGGUGGGAGUUGGUGAGGUUGGAAUUGGUAAGGUGGGAAUUGGUAAGGUGGGAAUUGGUAAGGUGGGAGUUGGUAAGGUGGGAGUUGGUAAGGUGGGAGUUGGUAAGGUGGGAGUUGGUAAGGUGGGAGCUGGUGAGGUGGGAGCUGGUAAGGUGGGAGUUGGUGAGGUGGGAGUUGGUAAGGUGGGAGUUGGUGAGGUGGGAGUUGGUGAGGUCGGAGUUGGUGAGGUGGGAGUUGGUAAGGUGGGAGUUGGUGAGGUGGGAGUUGGUAAGGUGGGAGUUUCUAAGGUGGGAGUUGGUGAGGUGGGAGUUGGUGAGGUGGGAGUUGGUAUGGUGGGAGUUGGUAAGGUGGGAGUUGGUAAGGUGGGAGUUGGUAAGGUGGGAGUUGGUAAGGUGGGAGUUGGUAAGGUGGGAGUUGGUAAGGUGGGAGUUGGUAAGGUGGGAGUUGGUAAGGUGGGAGUUGGUAAGGUGGGAGUUGGUAAGGUGGGAGUUGGUGAGGUGGGAGUUGGUGAGGUGGGAGUUGGUGAGGUGGGAGUUGGUAAGGUGGGAGUUGGUAAGGUGGGAGUUGGUGAGGUGGGAGUUGGUGAGGUGGGAGUUGGUGAGGUGGGAGUUGUUAAGGUGGGAGUUGGUAAGGUGGGAGUUGGUGAGGUGGGAUUUGUUUUGGUGGGAUUUGUUUUGGUGGGAGUUGGUGAGAUGGGAGUUGGUGAGGUGGGAGUUGGUGAGGUGGGAGUUGGUAAAGUGGGAGUUGGUGAGGUGGGAGUUGUUCAGGUGGGAGUUGGUCAGGUGGGAGUUGGUGAGGUGGGAGUUGGUGAGGUGGGAGUUGGUAAGGUGGGAGUUGGUCAGGUGGGAGUUAAUGAGGUGGGAAUUGGAGAGGUGGGAGUAGGUAAGGUGGGAGUAGGUAAGGUAGGAGUUGGUGAGGUGGGAGUUGGUGAGGUGGGAGUUGGUGAGGUGGGAGUUGGUAAGGUGGGAGUUGGUAAGGUGGGAGUUGGUGAGGUGGGAGUUGGUAAGGUGGGAGUUGGUAAGGCAGGAGUUGGUGAGGCAGGAGUUGGUGAGGUGGGAGUUGGUGAGGUGGGAGUUGGUGAGGUGGGAGUUGGUAAGGUGGGAGUUGGUAAGGUGGGAGUUGGUGAGGUGGGAGUUGGUGAGGUGGGAGUUGGUAAGGUGGGAGUUGGUGAGGUGGGAGUUGGUAAGGUGGGAGUUGGUAAGGUGGGAGUUGGUAAGGUGGGAGUUGGUGAGGUGGGAGUUGGUGAGGUGGGAGUUGGUGAGGUGGGAGUUGGUAAGGUGGGAAUUGGUAAGGUGGGAGUUGGUAAGGUGGGAGUUGGUAAGGUGGGAGUUGGUAAGGUGGGAGUUGGUAAGGUGGGAGUUGGUAAGGUGGGAGUUGGUAAGGUGGGAGUUGGUAAGGUGGGAGAUGGUAAGGUGGGAGUUUGUAAGGUGGGAGUUGGUAAGGUGGGAGUUGGUAAGGUGGGAGUUGGUGAGGUGGGAGUUGGUAAGGUGGGAGUUGGUGAGGUGGGAGUUGGUGAGGUGGGAGUUGGUGAGGUGGGAGUUGGUAAGGUGGGAGUUGGUAAGGUGGGAAUUGGUAAGGUGGGAGUUGGUAAGGUGGGAGUUGGUAAGGUGGGAGCUGGUAAGGUGGGAGUUGGUAAGGUGGGAGUUGGUGAGGUGGGAGUUGGUAAGGUGGGAGUUGGUGAGGUGGGAGUUGGUGAGGUGGGAGUUGGUAAGGUGGGAGUUGGUAAGGUGGGAAUUGGUCAGGUGGGAGUUGGUAAGGUGGGAGUUGGUAAGGUGGGAGUUGGUAAGGUGGGAGUUGGUAAGGUGGAAGUUGGAAAGGUGGGAGUUGAUAAGGUGGGAGUUGGUAAGGUGGGAGUUGGUAAGGUGGGAGUUGGUAAGGUGGGAGUUGGUAAGGUGGGAGUUGGUAAGGUGGGAGUUUGUAAGGUGGGAUUUUGUAAGGUGGGAGUUGGUGAGGUGGGAGUUGGUAUGGUGGGAGUUGGUAAGGUGGGAGUUGGUGAGGUGGGAGUUGGUAAGGUGGGAUUUGGUAAGGUGGGAGUUGGUAAGGUGGGAGUUGGUAAGGUGGGAGUUGGUGAGGUGGGAGUUGGUGAGGUGGGAGUUGGUGAGGUGGGAGUUGGUGAGGUGGGAGUUGGUGAGGUGGGAGUUGGUCAGGUGGGAGUUGGUAAGGGUGUUGGUAAGGUGGGAAUUGGUAAGGUGGGAGUUGGUAAGGUGGGAGCUGGUAAGGUGGGAGUUGGUAAGGUGGGAAUUGGUAAGGUGGAAGUUGGAAAGGUGGGAGUUGGUAAGGUGGGAGUUGGUAAGGUGGGAGUUGGUAAGGUGGGAGUUGGUAAGGUGGGAGUUGGUAAGGUGGGAGUUGGUAAGGUGGGAGUUGGUAAGGUGGGAGUUGGUAAGGUGGGAGUUGGUAAGGUGGGAGUUUAUAAGGUGGGAUUUUGUAACGUGGGAGUUGGUGAGGUGGGAGUUGGUAUGGUGGGAGUUGGUAAGGUGGGAGUUGGUGAGGUGGGAGUUGGUAAGGUGGGAGUUGGUAAGGUGGGAGUUGGUAAGGUGGGAGUUGGUAAGGUGGGAGUUGGUGAGGUGGGAGUUGGUAAGGUGGGAGUUGGUGAGGUGGGAGUUGGUGAGGUGGGAGUUGGUGAGGUGGGAGUUGGUGAGGUGGGAUUUGGUAAGGUGGGAGUUGGUGAGGUGGGAUUUGGUGUGGUGGGAGUUGGUGAGGUGGGAUUUGGUAAGGUGGGAGUUGGUAAGGUGGGAAUUGGUCAGGUGGGAGUUGGUAAUGUGGGAGUUGGUAAUGUGGGAGUUGGUAAGGUGGGAGUUGGUAAGGUGGAAGUUGGAAUGGUGGGAGUUGGUAAGGUUGGAGUUGGUAAGGUGGGAGUUGGUGGGGUGAGAGUUGAUGAGGUGGGAGUUGGUAAGGUGGGAGUUGGUGAGGUGGGAGUUGGUGAGGUGGGAGUUGGUGAGGUGGGAGUUGGUAUGGUGGGAGUUGGUAAGGUGGGAGUUGGUAAGGUGGGAGUUGGUAAGGUGGGAGUUGGUAAGGUGGGAGUUGGUAAGGUGGGAGUUGGUAAGGUGGGAGUUGGUAAGGUGGGAGUUGGUAAGGUGGGAGUUGGUAAGGUGGGAGUUGGUAAGGUGGGAGUUGGUAAGGUGGGAGUUGGUGAGGUGGGAGUUGGUGAGGUGGGAGUUGGUGAGGUGGGAGUUGGUAAGGUGGGAGUUGGUAAGGUGGGAGUUGGUGAGGUGGGAGUUGGUGAGGUGGGAGUUGGUGAGGUGGGAGUUGUUAAGGUGGGAGUUGGUAAGGUGGGAGUUGGUGAGGUGGGAUUUUUUUUGGUGGGAUUUGUUUUGGUGGGAGUUGGUGAGAUGGGAGUUGGUGAGGUGGGAGUUGGUGAGGUGGGAGUUGGUGAGGUGGGAGUUGGUAAAGUGGGAGUUGGUGAGGUGGGAGUUGUUCAGGUGGGAGUUGGUCAGGUGGGAGUUGGUGAGGUGGGAGUUGGUGAGGUGGGAGUUGGUAAGGUGGGAGUUGGUCAGGUGGGAGUUAAUGAGGUGGGAAUUGGAGAGGUAAGAGUAGGUAAGGUGGGAGUAGGUAAGGUGGGAGUUGGUGAGGUGGGAGUUGGUGAGGUGGGAGUUGGUGAGGUGGGAGUUGGUAAGGUGGGAGUUGGUAAGGUGGGAGUUGGUGAGGUGGGAGUUGGUAAGGUGGGAGUUGGUAAGGCAGGAGUUGGUGAGGCAGGAGUUGGUGAGGUGGGAGUUGGUGAGGUGGGAGUUUGUGAGGUGGGAGUUGGUAAGGUGGGAGUUGGUAAGGUGGGAGUUGGUGAGGUGGGAGUUGGUGAGGUGGGAGUUGGUAAGGUGGGAGUUGGUGAGGUGGGAGUUGGUGAGGUGGGAGUUGGUGAGGUGGGAGUUGGUAAGGUGGGAGUUGGUAAGGUGGGAAUUGGUAAGGUGGGAGUUGGUAAGGUGGGAGUUGGUAAGGUGGGAGUUGGUAAGGUGGGAGUUGGUAAGGUGGGAGUUGGUGAGGUGGGAGUUGGUAAGGUGGGAGUUGGUGAGGUGGGAGUUGGUGAGGUGGGAGUUGGUAAGGUGGGAGUUGGUAAGGUGGGAAUUGGUCAGGUGGGAGUUGGUAAGGUGGGAGUUGGUAAGGUGGGAGUUGGUAAGGUGGGAGUUGGUAAGGUGGAAGUUGGAAAGGUGGGAGUUGAUAAGGUGGGAGUUGGUAAGGUGGGAGUUGGUAAGGUGGGAGUUGGUAAGGUGGGAGUUGGUAAGGUGGGAGUUGGUAAGGUGGGAGUUUGUAAGGUGGGAUUUUGUAAGGUGGGAGUUGGUGAGGUGGGAGUUGGUAUGGUGGGAGUUGGUAAGGUGGGAGUUGGUGAGGUGGGAGUUGGUAAGGUGGGAUUUGGUAAGGUGGGAGUUGGUAAGGUGGGAGUUGGUAAGGUGGGAGUUGGUGAGGUGGGAGUUGGUGAGGUGGGAGUUGGUGAGGUGGGAGUUGGUGAGGUGGGAGUUGGUGAGGUGGGAGUUGGUCAGGUGGGAGUUGGUAAGGGUGUUGGUAAGGUGGGAAUUGGUAAGGUGGGAGUUGGUAAGGUGGGAGUUGGUAAGGUGGGAGUUGGUAAGGUGGGAAUUGGUAAGGUGGAAGUUGGAAAGGUGGGAGUUGGUAAGGUGGGAGUUGGUAAGGUGGGAGUUGGUAAGGUGGGAGUUGGUAAGGUGGGAGUUGGUAAGGUGGGAGUUGGUAAGGUGGGAGUUGGUAAGGUGGGAGUUGGUAAGGUGGGAGUUGGUAAGGUGGGAGUUUAUAAGGUGGGAUUUUGUAACGUGGGAGUUGGUGAGGUGGGAGUUGGUAUGGUGGGAGUUGGUAAGGUGGGAGUUGGUGAGGUGGGAGUUGGUAAGGUGGGAGUUGGUAAGGUGGGAGUUUGUAAGGUGGGAGUUGGUAAGGUGGGAGUUGGUGAGGUGGGAGUUGGUAAGGUGGGAGUUGGUGAGGUGGGAGUUGGUGAGGUGGGAGUUGGUGAGGUGGGAGUUGGUGAGGUGGGAUUUGGUAAGGUGGGAGUUGGUGAGGUGGGAUUUGGUGUGGUGGGAGUUGGUGAGGUGGGAUUUGGUAAGGUGGGAGUUGGUAAGGUGGGAAUUGGUCAGGUGGGAGUUGGUAAUGUGGGAGUUGGUAAUGUGGGAGUUGGUAAGGUGGGAGUUGGUAAGGUGGAAGUUGGAAUGGUGGGAGUUGGUAAGGUUGGAGUUGGUAAGGUGGGAGUUGGUGGGGUGAGAGUUGAUGAGGUGGGAGUUGGUAAGGUGGGAGUUGGUGAGGUGGGAGUUGGUGAGGUGGGAGUUGGUGAGGUGGGAGUUGGUAUGGUGGGAGUUGGUAAGGUGGGAGUUGGUAAGGUGGGAGUUGGUAAGGUGGGAGUUGGUAAGGUGGGAGUUGGUAAGGUGGGAGUUGGUAAGGUGGGAGUUGGUAAGGUGGGAGUUGGUAAGGUGGGAGUUGGUAAGGUGGGAGUUGGUAAGGUGGGAGUUGGUAAGGUGGGAGUUGGUGAGGUGGGAGUUGGUGAGGUGGGAGUUGGUGAGGUGGGAGUUGGUAAGGUGGGAGUUGGUAAGGUGGGAGUUGGUGAGGUGGGAGUUGGUGAGGUGGGAGUUGGUGAGGUGGGAGUUGUUAAGGUGGGAGUUGGUAAGGUGGGAGUUGGUGAGGUGGGAUUUGUUUUGGUGGGAUUUGUUUUGGUGGGAGUUGGUGAGAUGGGAGUUGGUGAGGUGGGAGUUGGUGAGGUGGGAGUUGGUGAGGUGGGAGUUGGUAAAGUGGGAGUUGGUGAGGUGGGAGUUGUUCAGGUGGGAGUUGGUCAGGUGGGAGUUGGUGAGGUGGGAGUUGGUGAGGUGGGAGUUGGUAAGGUGGGAGUUGGUCAGGUGGGAGUUAAUGAGGUGGGAAUUGGAGAGGUAAGAGUAGGUAAGGUGGGAGUAGGUAAGGUGGGAGUUGGUGAGGUGGGAGUUGGUGAGGUGGGAGUUGGUGAGGUGGGAGUUGGUAAGGUGGGAGUUGGUAAGGUGGGAGUUGGUGAGGUGGGAGUUGGUAAGGUGGGAGUUGGUAAGGCAGGAGUUGGUGAGGCAGGAGUUGGUGAGGUGGGAGUUGGUGAGGUGGGAGUUUGUGAGGUGGGAGUUGGUAAGGUGGGAGUUGGUAAGGUGGGAGUUGGUGAGGUGGGAGUUGGUGAGGUGGGAGUUGGUAAGGUGGGAGUUGGUGAGGUGGGAGUUGGUAAGGUGGGAGUUGGUAAGGUGGGAGUUGGUAAGGUGGGAGUUGGUGAGGUGGGAGUUGGUGAGGUGGGAGUUGGUGAGGUGGGAGUUGGUAAGGUGGGAAUUGGUAAGGUGGGAGUUGGUAAGGUGGGAGUUGGUAAGGUGGGAGUUGGUAAGGUGGGAGUUGGUAAGGUGGGAGUUGGUAAGGUGGGAGUUGGUAAGGUGGGAGUUGGUAAGGUGGGGGUUGGUAAGGUGGGAUUUGGUAAGGUGGGAGUUGGUAAGGUGGGAGUUGGUAAGGUGGGAGUUGGUAAGGUGGGAGUUGGUAAGGUGGGAGUUGGUAAGGUGGGAGUUGGUAAGGUGGGAGUUGGUAAGGUGGGAGUUGGUGAGGUGGGAGUUGGUAAGGUGGGAGUUGGUGAGGUGGGAGUUGGUGAGGUGGGAGUUGGUGAGGUGGGAGUUGGUAAGGUGGGAGUUGGUAAGGUGGGAGUUGGUAAGGUGGGAAUUGGUAAGGUGGGAGUUGGUAAGGUGGGAGUUGGUAAGGUGGGAGUUGGUAAGGUGGGAGUUGGUAAGGUGGGAGUUGGUGAGGUGGGAGUUGGUAAGGUGGGAGUUGGUGAGGUGGGAGUUGGUGAGGUGGGAGUUGGUAAGGUGGGAGUUGGUAAGGUGGGAAUUGGUCAGGUGGGAGUUGGUAAGGUGGGAGUUGGUAAGGUGGGAGUUGGUAAGGUGGGAGUUGGUAAGGUGGAAGUUGGAAAGGUGGGAGUUGAUAAGGUGGGAGUUGGUAAGGUGGGAGUUGGUAAGGUGGGAGUUGGUAAGGUGGGAGUUGGUAAGGUGGGAGUUGGUAAGGUGGGAGUUUGUAAGGUGGGAUUUUGUAAGGUGGGAGUUGGUGAGGUGGGAGUUGGUAUGGUGGGAGUUGGUAAGGUGGGAGUUGGUGAGGUGGGAGUUGGUAAGGUGGGAUUUGGUAAGGUGGGAGUUGGUAAGGUGGGAGUUGGUAAGGUGGGAGUUGGUGAGGUGGGAGUUGGUGAGGUGGGAGUUGGUGAGGUGGGAGUUGGUGAGGUGGGAGUUGGUGAGGUGGGAGUUGGUCAGGUGGGAGUUGGUAAGGUGGGAAUUGGUCAGGUGGGAGUUGGUAAGGUGGGAGUUGGUAAGGUGGGAGUUGGUAAGGUGGGAGUUUGUAAGGUGGGAGUUGGUAAGGUGGGAAUUGGUAAGGUGGGAGUUGGUAAGGUGGGAGUUGGUAAGGUGGGAGUUGGUAAGGUGGGAAUCGGUAAGGUGGAAGUUGGAAAGGUGGGAGUUGGUAAGGUGGGAGUUGGUAAGGUGGGAGUUGGUAAGGUGGGAGUUGGUAAGGUGGGAGUUGGUAAGGUGGGAGUUGGUAAGGUGGGAGUUGGUAAGGUGGGAGUUGGUAAGGUGGGAGUUGGUAAGGUGGGAGUUUAUAAGGUGGGAUUUUGUAACGUGGGAGUUGGUGAGGUGGGAGUUGGUAUGGUGGGAGUUGGUAAGGUGGGAGUUGGUGAGGUGGGAGUUGGUAAGGUGGGAGUUGGUAAGGUGGGAGUUGGUAAGGUGGGAGUUGGUAAGGUGGGAGUUGGUGAGGUGGGAGUUGGUAAGGUGGGAGUUGGUGAGGUGGGAGUUGGUGAGGUGGGAGUUGGUGAGGUGGGAGUUGGUCAGGUGGGAGUUGGUAAGGUGGGAAUUGGUCAGGUGGGAGUUGGUAAGGUGGGAGUUGGUAAGGUGGGAGUUGGUAAGGUGGGAGUUGGUAAGGUGGAAGUUGGAAAGGUGGGAGUUGGUAAGGUGGGAGUUGGUAAGGUGGGAGUUGGUAAGGUGGGAGUUGGUAAGGUGGGAGUUGGUAAGGUGGGAGUUGGUAAGGUGGGAGUUUGUAAGGUGGGAUUUUGUAAGGUGGGAGUUGGUGAGGUGGGAGUUGGUGAGGUGGGAGUUGGUGAGGUGGGAUUUGGUAAGGUGGGAGUUGGUGAGGUGGGAUUUGGUGUGGUGGGAGUUGGUGAGGUGGGAUUUGGUAAGGUGGGAGUUGGUAAGGUGGGAAUUGGUCAGGUGGGAGUUGGUAAUGUGGGAGUUGGUAAUGUGGGAGUUGGUAAGGUGGGAGUUGGUAAGGUGGAAGUUGGAAUGGUGGGAGUUGGUAAGGUUGGAGUUCGUAAGGUGGGAGUUGGUGGGGUGAGAGUUGAUGAGGUGGGAGUUGGUAAGGUGGGAGUUGGUGAGGUGGGAGUUGGUGAGGUGGGAGUUGGUAAGGUGGGAGUUGGUAAGGUGGGAGUUGGUAAGGUGGGAGUUGGUAAGGUGGGAGUUGGUAAGGUGGGAGUUGGUAAGUUGGGAGUUGGUAAGGUGGGAGUUGGUAAGGUGGGAGUUGGUAAGGUGGGAGUUGGUGAGGUGGGAGUUGAAUAA